AUGAGUUCCAACAAUGAUGCAGUGUUUCUGCGCCGCAAUAACCAAAUCCAAGAUGCCAUUGAUUCGCAGAACAUGAAGCAGGCCUUGCAACUGAUCGAGAAGCGCAUGAAAAAAGGCGAAAACACUCAAUUCCUGAAGGCGAAAACCCUCGAGCUGUGCAACACGGAGCCAGCCAUAGCCGAUAUCGAUACUCUCGAUAUACUCUAUCGAACACUGCUGAAGUUGGAUGAUCAUACCGAGCUGCGAAGUACCAUAUGGGAAAGAGCAGCGAAAGCAAAGCCACAGGAUCGUUCGCUUCAGAUGAGGUGGUUCACGUUUGGAUAUAAGGCUAUGGACUGGAAGUCAGCGCAGAAGGCUGCCAUGUGUCUCCAAAAGAAUUUCCCUCGGGAGCGAAAGUAUUACUUCUGGGCCAUCUUCCUUUGCCAUCGCAUUGCAAGUGACCCGUCUAGCUCGGAAAUGGACCGCAAGCUUUUUGGGACACUUGCCUAUCGCAUGAUCUCGAAGGCAGUCACCGAUGUUCCUUCUAACCCGACCGAGCUGUUAAGCCCCCCGAGAGCCGUACAAACCGCCGAGGAACUGCUCUUGCUCGUUCGCAUUUUCGAAUCAGAGGGUCGUAGCACCGAGAUUUUGCAGAUUCUGGAUAGCGAAAAUGCGGGUCUUAGCUCUCGCAUCGUCAAUAACGACCGGACCUUCAUGUCGAUAAAAGUCUCUUGCUUGAAGGCUGCCGGCCUCUGGGAGGAUGGGCAUUCAUACGCCAAAAGCCUGCUUGCCGUGCCGGAAGACGAAGAAGAGCGCAAGACUCUGCAUGAGCGUGACCAUUGGAAAUACUGGGACUUGCUCACUGCAGCCGCGCGUCAACUUGAUAGAACCCCGACGCUGCUUUCCGAGACACAACAACAUAUCGAGAAAUUUAUCGACUUCAUCCCCAAGUCUCGCAAUGCGCAUCUCGCUCUCAUGGACACCAUUCUGAUCGGCUUGGAACGCGGCGAGCGGACAGAAGAUGAUUUGGUUGCUACGUGUCAAAGAUACUUUGACCAACACAAGAACAAACUUUACACUUUCAACGACUUACGAGGGAUUUUGCAGACCCGCGAGGAUAGCUUGGUGCAACGUGUAGUUCAAUACUGCAUAAAUAGCAUUGACGGAACAUCCGACGAUGCCAUUCCAUUGAUCAAUGUUUACAAGCUGCAGUACUGCAGCCAGAUUUCGGGCAACAGCAAAGCAUCGAAAAGCAGCAUCGAAACUCUUGUCCGCAACUGCCUCCAAUCUUACAACACAUUCAACCUUUCAGCGAAAGCCCAAAACACCAAGAAAAAUGGCCCACCGGAUACUGCUUCCGCGAUGGAAUGUCGGCCUAUAGACGACUUUUGCCUCAUUGCCGCCAUGGCGCUUGUCAGGCCCAGCCAAGCUGGUGAGGUGUCUGGGACCGUGAGCAACACUGCUCUCAUUCGUGCCGCCGGGGUUCUGGAGUGCCUCUUGAUUGAUUCACCACAUAAUUACGAGGCCGUUCUUUUCUUAAUCCGCAUCUACCUCCUGCUCGGUGCUGCUUCUCUUGCCUUGAGGUUAUUCGGCAAACUGUCUGUCAAACAAGUACAGUAUGAAUCUGUUGCCCAUAACCUGUUCACCCGCUUUGCCACCAUCCACCCUCUUUCCGCACCUCCUAUCGAAGGCGCAGAAUACAAGGACUUUGAUCCGCUAGCCUUGUUUGUCGCUGCUCUUGACUUCUAUCGUUCCGCGAACUUCACCAUCAAGAACAGUUUGAUGAAGGGGCUCGACGAUGGGACUUAUGUCAAUUUAGAUGACUCGAUUGAACUUCAAAAGCGUCUGAACAACAGCGUCUGCCGGAGGAUGUGGGCUCUUGACUGCCGGCGUAUGCAAAGGAUCCGCAAUGGAAACCACUUGGUUCUGAAUGAGAAUAUUGCCCAAGAUACCUCACCGGCGGAAGACCAGCGGAAAUAUGCUGGAUUUAUGAACCUGGAACGCAAUGACCAACCUACAUUCGAGCAGCGAUUGCGCGUGGGACCUAUCCCUGGGGAAAACUGGUUGGCAUCUGCCCGGCUAACUGACCGACUUUUCUGUGUUCUUGAUAGCAUCGGCAAUCAGAAGCCAGUCACUCUAGGUCUAGAGCUGCCCAACCUUGGCGAUCUAUCACUCUCCCAGAAAGACACGGAUCAGACUGAUGCCGAGAAGGAUGUGGCCCGAAUUCACUUGCAACUGUUCAAGGUGGCUUCGUUCAUGGCGGGAUCCAAGGCAUAUACCUCUGCUCAAAUUGAGGCUGCCCUUGGUGAGGUGGAAGGUUGGUUGCAGACCAAGAAACAUGAACUAGCCCUAAAAGAUACCAACAAGUCUUCUGUGCUUGCGAAGACGGCCAUUGAAAUUACUCAAGAUACCCCAGGAGCACCAACGUGGGAGUUUUUCCACUUUGUUUGGACCCUCGUGGAAACUCUCAGGGCUUUAUGGAAAAUCUCUGAUCUGAAUUCACGAAAGGCUGUGAAAGCUACCAAGCUCCCUGCUGAAGGAAUGGAGCGAAUUCAUACUCUGAUCUGUGAGGUUUUCGAGGGUGUUCGUUCAAACACACGAGUCUUGAAGAAGGGCCUUACCGAAUCAGCCACUCUUAGUACACUAAUCGACAUGGUGCACCAUGGAGAUUCGGCAGAUGAGUACGAAAAGUCACUUCAAGAGGUGUUGGAAACGGUGAUGGACGAGUCUGCGCUCGAAGUGUUCUGCGGAGAGCUGAGGGAGAGCUGGGAGGAGGCACUUGAUGGGUCACUCGCCUACCGCACCAACGCCAAGGCCCCAUUUUUGCGGUUCCAGGCAAAAGACCAGGCGAUUUUCACACGGCUCCCUCACCUCCUCUUCGACAACCUCCGCCAACCCCUUCAGUCAACAACCGUCGAGAUGGCUGCCGAACGCUCCGGAAUUGUGGUCGGUCUUAACGCGGGCCGGAAAACCACCGCCCUGAACACCCCCAAGACCCGCAUCUCCCGCACCAAGGGCAAGUCUUCCCGCCGCACCGCUUUCGUCCGCGAAAUCGCCCAGGAGGUCGUUGGUCUCGCUCCCUACGAGCGCCGCAUCAUUGAGUUGCUGCGCAACGCCCAGGACAAGCGUGCCCGCAAGCUCGCUAAGAAGCGCCUCGGUACUUUCGGCCGCGGCAAGGCCAAGGUUGAGUCCAUGCAGAAGGUCAUCGCUGAGUCUCGCCGCACCCAGGCUCACUAA